AUUUCAAAUAAACCAACAUCAGCUGAAAUUAAUUAAAUUAGAUGAAAACACAGAUCAGGUUUCAUCAUUCAUUCAGACAGUUUGAACAAGUAUGUGUGUGCAGUAUGUCUUUGUGUGAAGUGUGUCAUGUGUGGGUGUAAAGGUAGAUUAGAAACACUGUGGGACUUUUACUCUUUCAUUCUUUACACGUUUUCUCUUUCUGGUUUGGGAUUAAAAGUCCUGCACUCAGUUCAGCAGCAUGUUCAUUCAGCUCAGUCUACAGCUCGCACUCAUCACCAUUAUUAUCAUCUUCAUCUCCAUCAUCAUGUCCAGCUGGAGUGGCUUGUUCUUCGUCCUCUGCAGUGUCCUGACCCCUGCCCUCUGCUGUGAUUGGGUCAGGCACUUUGGUCGUCUGAAUGGAGAAUCUCUGAAUCUCAUCCAGAACAUGGGGGGUCCGCUGACUGAACAGCAGAGUCCAGUUCCCUUCCCGUACAGACUCUACGAACACAUACAUAAAGAGAAGGUGGAGGCCCAGCUGGUUUUCAUCAGGGACAGUCUGAUAAUGAUUUCUGACCUCUAUGACCAUGACAACCUCACCUCAGUUACCUGGAAUAACAUCACGAUGGAGCACUUUCUAAGCAACAUCCAUAGACAGACCGUGGAACUAAACAGCUGUGUGUCCAGUAACAGGCAGGUGAACCUCACCUCAGUUACCUGUAAGAACAACACAGUUAAAGACUCUUUGGAGAACGUCACCAGACAGACGGAGGACCUCAACAGAUGUGUGUUACUCAAAAAGGGAGUGGACCACAAGCUGAGAAACUACUACAGGAGACUGACCAGGCGUACUCUGGACCACACUGGUGGCAGUGCUGCAUCAUGGGAGCUGAUCAGAAAGGAAACUAAACAGCACCUGGGUCACCUGGAUGUGCUGAUGAACUCCAUCACAGCUUCAGGUGCUGCCAGCAGGAGGCGCUCUACACCGACUCAGUAGUGGCAGUAGUGACUCAUCUCAACAGAUUGAUUAAUUGAUCUGGUUUAUUUAUGUAACUCUGACUAUGCUGCUUUAAAUUAUACUUAAAUGUAUUUAUUUAUUUAUAUUUAUCAUGUUUCUAUCGAUGAACAAAGCGGUAUUUUUCUAUUUAUUUAUUGGACCCUGACAUUUUGGUAUUUAAAGACACUCAUCUGAUUUUUUUACUUGAAAAAAAGGUUUAAGAAAAGUGGAUUUUCUCAGGUACAGUGUUCAGGCUGUGUGAUUCUACUGUUUAAUUAAGCCUCUCAUACUUGUGUACUUUUACUGCUGGUACUGUUUUACAUGAUUGUGACAGAACUUUUAUUUUCACUAUAGACACUUGAAGAACUUGAAUCAAAUCAAACUUUUGUACUUUUGUUGUGAUAAUUUAAAU